CUCUUUUCUCGCUCGUGCGGCUCUCUGAUCGGCUCUGAGGGGAGAAGGACGGAGGAGACAGAAGUCCUUUAUAUCCGGUUAUAACUCCGUUAUUAACAAAACUCUUCUGUUACAAUGGACAUCACGGAGCCUGCUGCGGAAAACGCCGGACAGACCGUGAAGGACGAGUUGGCGGAGAAGUGCCAGAAGUUAUUCCAGGCGUUUUUGGAAGAGUUUCAGAACACUGAUGGCGAGGUGAAGUAUCUGCGUGACGCAGAAGAACUGAUCCGUCCGGAACGCAACACUCUCCUGGUAAGCUUCACCGAUUUGGAGGGAUUCAACCAAGAACUGGCAACCAUCAUCCAGGAGGAGUUUUACAGAAUCUACCCAUACCUGUGCCGCGCGGUGCGUAACUUCGCCCGGGAUCAUGGGAACGUUCCUGUUUCUAAGGAGUUCUACGUGGCCAUUCAGGAUUUGCCUACCAGACACAAGAUCCGCGAGCUGACCGCGCUGCGCAUCGGAUCUCUGGUGCGCAUCAGUGGGCAGGUGGUACGUACUCACCCCGUUCACCCCGAGCUGGUGAGCGGCACCUUUCUGUGCCUGGACUGCCAGAGCCUCAUCAAGGACGUGGAGCAGCAGUUUAAGUACACGCAACCCAGCAUCUGCCGCAACCCGGUGUGCAACAACCGCCGCCGUUUCCUGCUCGACACCAACAAAUCCAAGUUCAUUGACUUCCAGAAGGUGCGCAUCCAGGAGACACAGGCCGAGCUGCCGCGCGGAUCCAUCCCACGGAGCAUGGAGGUGAUCCUGAGAGCCGAAGCCGUGGAGUCGGCGCAGGCCGGAGAUAAGUGCGACUUCAUUGGCUGCCUCAUCGUCGUGCCUGAUGUGUCACAGCUCGCAACGCCAGGUGUGCGAACAGAGACCGGUUCUCGCACAGCCAGCUCACAGGGAUACGAGAACGAGGGCGUGCGUGGUCUAAAAGCUCUCGGAGUCCGAGAGCUCUCGUACAGACUGGCGUUCCUGGCCUCCCACGUGGCACCGACCAAUCCCAGGUUUGGUGGGAAGGAGAUUCGCGAUGAGGAACAGACAGCUGAGAGUAUCAAGAACCAGAUGUCUGUGAAGGAGUGGGACAAAGUGUUCGAGAUGAGCCAGGACAAGAACCUGUACCAUAACCUGUGCACCAGCCUGUUCCCUACCAUCCAUGGUAACGACGAGGUGAAGCGCGGCGUCCUGCUCAUGCUCUUUGGCGGUGUCCCGAAGACCACCAUGGAGGGCACGUCUCUGAGAGGGGACAUCAACGUGUGCAUUGUAGGAGAUCCCAGCACAGCCAAGAGCCAGUUUCUGAAACACGUGGAGGAGUUCAGCCCUCGUGCCGUGUACACCAGCGGGAAAGCGUCCACCGCUGCCGGUCUUACCGCUGCCGUGGUCCGAGAUGAAGAGUCGCACGAGUUUGUCAUCGAGGCUGGAGCUCUGAUGCUGGCUGACAAUGGUGUGUGCUGCAUUGACGAGUUUGACAAAAUGGAGACGAGAGAUCAGGUGGCCAUCCAUGAGGCCAUGGAGCAGCAGACCAUCUCCAUCACCAAAGCUGGGGUCAAGGCCACCCUGAACGCCCGGACGUCCAUCUUGGCUGCAGCAAACCCCAUCAGUGGCCGUUACGACCGCUCCAAAUCCCUCAAGCAGAACAUCAACCUGACCGCACCCAUCAUGUCUCGCUUUGACCUCUUCUUUAUCCUGGUGGACGAUUGUAACGAGGUGACUGAUUAUGCCAUAGCCAGACGCAUAGUGGACCUGCACUCCAGGAUCGAGAACUCCAUCGACCGCCUUUACACUCUGGAUGAGAUCCGCAGAUACCUGCUGUUCGCUCGGCAGUUCAAACCCAAGAUCUCCAAGGAAUCAGAGGAUUUUAUCGUGGAGCAGUACAAACGCCUGAGACAGAGGGACGGCUCCGGCGUCACCAAAUCGGCCUGGAGGAUCACCGUGCGCCAGCUGGAGAGCAUGAUCCGCCUGUCUGAGGGCAUGGCCCGCAUGCACUGCUGCGACGAGGUGCAACCCAAACACGUCAAAGAGGCCUUCAGGCUGCUCAACAAAUCUAUUAUUCGUGUGGAGACACCUGACGUUAACCUGGACCAAGAGGAAGAGGAGGCCAUGGAGGAGGAAGAGGAGAACCGGGUGAAUGGUCACGAUGUUCCCAACGGAAACGUGGAUGACGGUACCCUGAAUGGACAUGUUAACGGCCAUGAGCACACCAACGGCGUCAACAAAGAAACCCAAGCUGCCAAACCGUCUCUGCGUCUGUCCUUCACCGAGUACAAGCGUCUCUCCAACCUCAUAGUGCUGCACCUGCGUCGUGCUGAGGAAGAUGAGAAAGAAGAAGCCCUGAAGAAGAGCGCAGUAGUGAACUGGUACCUGAAGGAGAUCGAGUCUGAGAUAGACUCCGAGGUGGAGCUCAUCAACAAGAAGACCAUGAUCGAGAAGGUCAUCCACAGACUUGUACAUUGCGACUACAUUCUAAUCGAGUUGUCUCAGUCGGGUCUGAAGGGCUCCGUGGAGACACAGGACGAGGACGUCACGCUCGUCGUGAAUCCUAACUACACGCUGGAGGAUUAAAACGUGUGAAACGUGUAAAAAAGGGCUUAUGAUGGACUUGGGCACACGAGGAGGAUCAGGAUACGGUUCAGAAAAUCUUUCUGAUGUGCAGCAUCACGUGUGCCGAGACCUCCAGGGAAACGGCCGUGUGAAAAGAAUCCUCUGUGUAAAAUUUGUACAUACGUUUCUGAUUUUAAAAACAAAUGUUAGUAGUGUUUUUGUUGCCGUUUUUUAAUUAUGUAGCAGGAAAUCUGGAUAAAAGUUUUAUUGUAUUCAUUUUGUUAAGAGUAAAACAUUUUCUGCAAUAUUUUUUAUAAA